AAGAAAUGAAUUUUUCUUUUGAAAUCAAGGCUACCAUAAAGCUUUUGUUUCUUUUUCUUUUCAGUAGUUUGUCAGUUUAUUAUACUUUUACUGGUAAGUGUUUGUUUGUUUUUUAAUCGAAAUAUUUGGAAAUGUUUUUCAUUGUUAGUCAUAAUUGCAUAAAUAAUUAUGGAUCAGUCAGAGGUUCUGGAAAAAAAUGUACAAUUUGAAAGAAAUACUCUUUAAGAUAGUGCUAAUUUACAAUUAAAACUGUUAUAUCUAGAGCUUAUAUUCUUGAUAUACCAUGUAUAACCUGAGCAUUAGAAUGCUAGAACCCUUCUAAGUUGCAAUGAGAAGACAGAAGACUAGUGAAAGGAAUGUUAUUCCAGACAGUGUUGACGACUCUAGUCGAAAAUACACUCAUUUAUAUAUUGAUUGUACACCUAUUGUGAUUAAUAAUUAGGAUGAAAUCACAUAUGAGUUAUAACAAAGCACAUAGUGAGCAUAGUUCAUGUCAAUGGAAUAUAAGAAUAUCGCAUAUUAUACAGAAUAAAAUAUCAAACGAGAAAAGAAAACAAAGACUACAUUGAAUGAUCAUUGCAUUGAAUCAAAACGGAAUUAAUUUUGAACAAAACUCAUAAUGAGUAAGUCAAUUGAAUUCUAACUUUUCUUUUUACCUUAUCGAAAACAAUCUUCCAAUCAUAUGGAAUUUAUUGAAGACACUUCCUAAUAGUUCAUAAUGUUUAGUUAAUUUGCUUAAUAGUUCACUGUAUAUACAUAUAAUGUACAAAUUCUAAGAACAAUGCUAUCAUAUUAUCGAUAUAUUAGAAAAUAACUACAAAGAAGUUUAAUUAAUUAAUAUUACUGAUGCAUCAGUUUCGUUUGGUAGUUUAGCUCUUAGAACCUAUAAUAUCACUAGGCUACGUAAAAUGCCUGAGAAAAUCAUUAACAUUAUGGGGAAUUCUUGAGAUCAACUAUACUAAAAACUAGUGCGUGGUACACAGCUGACAGACGCAUUUCAAGUAAGGUGGGGAUUCAGACGAGACUGCUAACCAACUUCCACCUGAAGAGGAACUUAUGAAAAAACGUGGGAAGUGGAUUGGACACACAUUCAGGAAACCACCAAACUGCAUUACGAGGCAAGCGCUAACUAGAAGUCCUGAACGGAAACGAUAAAUAGGAAGGCCGAUCAAUACACUGCGUCGAGAAUUGGAUGCAGACAUCAAAAGUAUGAAUAGCAUAUGGAAAGAACUGGAAAGGAUUGGGCAGGACAGAGUUGGAUGGGGAAUGCCAGUUGGCGGCCUAUGUUCUCACACGGGGAGGGAGUAACAGGCGUAAAUGUUGCAUGUAAAUGUUCAUCACUUCUUCUUUUUUUCAUCUUUCGAACAAACUUUUGAUGUUAUCCGACUGUAAAUAAGAAGGAGUUGUAUGUUGGUGAAAUGUACAAGAAUAACAAAGUAUUAAAAUUCGGUGAAUAAUCAACAACAGAAGAAAGAAAGACCCAGAUAAUGAUUACAUACAUUUUCAUUUGUGCAUUAUUAUUAACUACGAUUAUGAGUUCUUCUAAAUCUAAUACAGUUGGAUUAUUAUAUCCUAACGUUUCAAAAUCAGAAGACACAGAAAUCUACAAAGGUUAUGUGAUAAAAACAAUAACCAGUGCACCAUUAUAUCGAAUCGUUAGUUAUUUCACUAAUCGCACGGAAGAAAGUGAAGCAAAAGUACACGAUUUACAAAUUCCUUACUCAAUGUAUUAUACACAUAUAUAUCUUGCUUGGAAAUCUGCUGAUCAAUUGUUAUCCUCUAUAACUCUACAAUCUGAUAAUUCAGAAAGUAAAUUAAAUGGUGCUAAUUUAGUUUUAUCAACAUCUAAACUAGGUGAUAUGUAUGCACCUGGUAUGAUAACAUCAGUUCUUGACUUUGUUACAAAAUGUUAUGAAUGGGCUAAACCAAAUAAUCGACGAAUACCAUCUAGUUCAGCAUAUGUAUCAACACUUAGAGUUGCAUCAAAAGAUGAAAUUAAUCGAGCAUUAAUUAAAUAUACAGUAGAACAAUUUUUAAGAGCAACAAAUUAUGGGUCAUAUCAUUUUGUUUGGGAAACGAAUACAAAAAUGAAAGAAUUUAUGAAAGAAUUAAAUUAUGAACAAAUUACAUGUGGUGGUAAUCAUUCAUUUUAUAAUCCAUGUGAUUGGACAUUAAUGGGUUUAAAACCAGAAAUAGCUAAAGAACAAUGCCUAUAUCGACUUAUUAAUAAUAAAUCUAAUAGUUAUUAAUUACAUUAUUAUUAUUUAUCAGUUUUUCUUUUUUUCUCUUAUAACAAAUCAAAACUUUCACAUCAGGGAAAUAAAAGCAUCUAAUUGAAAUGAACAAUUGUAAAAAUGAUCAAAAUCAGUAAUUCAGAGUAUCACUAUACAAAUAUAUAUCUGUCUACUGACAAUAUUAACUCUAACACCAAAUCUCAUUGUUUAUACCUUCUCACACGAUAGAUUCUUUUCUUCUCUUACAUGUUAUCGAUCAUAUAAAUUCAUUACAUCAUCAAUAAACAAAAAUUAUGUUUGUUUCUUUUUUUUUCUUCAAUCA